AUGGAAUUGCUGAUAAUAUGCCUUUGCUUUGGGAUAUUGCAAUGCAAUUCAGUGGGAGCGGACUCCAUCAUUCACAUCGGUGCCAUUUUCGAGGAGAACGCUGUGAGGGAUGAUGAGGUGUUCCAGAUGGCGGUCUCAGACCUCAGCCUCAACGAUGACAUUUUGCAGAGUGAGAAAAUCACCCACUCCAUUAAAUUUAUUGAGCCCAACAACCCUUUUCAAGCAGUCCAAGAGGCCUGUGAGCUGAUGACCCAGGGUAUUCUGGCUCUGGUCACAUCUACAGGUUGUGCCUCAGCCAGUGCUCUGCAGUCACUGACAGAUGCCAUGCACAUCCCACACCUUUACGUGCAGAGGAGUGGCGAGGGCUCUCCCCGCACGGCCUGCCAGUUUAAUCCCAGCCCUGAUGGACAGCGUUACACCCUCGCUGCCCGGCCGCCCGUGCGUCUCAACGACGUCAUGCUAACUCUGGUCAGUGAGCUGCGCUGGCAGAAGUUUAUCAUCUUCUACGACAGCGACUACGAUAUCCGUGGUCUACAAGGAUUUUUGGACCAAACAUCCAGACAGGGCCUUGAUGUAUCAUUGCAGAGAGUGGACCGCAACAUCAGUGGGGUAUUCUCCAGUCUGUUCAGUAGCAUGCGUACAGAGGAACUCAACCGCUACAGAGACACUCUUAGACGGGCUAUCUUACUGCUGAGUCCCAGAGGGGCUCAGGUCUUCAUCCGCCAGGCUGUUGAAACCAACCUGGCCUCCAAGGACAGUCACUGGGUGUUUGUGAAUGAGGAGAUAAGUGACCCUGAGAUCAUGGAGCUGACACACAGUGCCUUAGGGCGGAUGACUGUUAUUAGGCAGAUUUUCCCGCUGUGGAGGGACAGCAGUGUCAGCUGUAUGCGCAACAACCAUCGCAUCUCCUCUAUGCUCUGUGAUCCUCAGGAAGGAUACCUGCAGUCCCUAGAAGUGUCCAAUCUGUACCUGUACGACAGUGUUCUGAUGCUGGCCAAUGCCUUCUACAGGAAGUUGGAAGACAGGAAAUGGCACAGUAUGGCAAGUCUGAACUGCAUCAGGAAGUCAACCAAACCUUGGAAUGGUGGCUGGUCCAUGCUGGAAACCAUACAAAAGGGACGCAUUACUGGUCUCACUGGAACGAUGGAUUUCAUGGACAACGGAUCGAAUUCCCAUGUUCAGUUUGAGAUUUUGGGUUCCAGCUUUAGUGAGACUUUUGGCAAAGAUGUGAAAAGGCUGGCAACAUGGGACUCUGUGCAUGGUCUCAAUGGAAGUUUGAAAGAGAGUCGCAUUGAAAAUGGAAUGCAAGGAGUGACAGUUAAAGUUGUAACACUGCUGGAGGAUCCAUUUGUUAUGGUGGCAGAAAACAUUCUUGGACAGCCAAAGAGAUACAAAGGGUUUUCCAUAGAUGUCCUAGAUGCCUUGGCCAAGAUCUUGGGCUUCAAGUAUGAAAUCUACCAAGUGGCAGACAGCAAAUAUGGAUCCCAGCUACCUAAUGGCUCCUGGAAUGGCAUGAUCGGAGAGCUCAUAAACAAAAGGGCAGAUCUAGCCGUGUCAGCCAUUACUAUCACACCCGAGCGUGAGAACGUAGUGGACUUCAGCAAACGCUACAUGGACUAUUCAGUUGGAAUCCUGUCCCACAAACCGGAGGAGAAGAUCAACAUUUUCUCCCUGUUUGCCCCUUUUGACCUAGCUGUGUGGGCUUGCAUUGCCGCUGCCAUCCCUGUGGUGGGAAUCUUAAUCUUCUUGCUGACCCGGAUGCAAUCUCUGCGAACCCAGAACCCUCCAGCACCCCACCAACCACAUGUCUCUUCAGUCUCCAACACCCUCCACAGUGCUAUAUGGAUUGUUUAUGGAGCCUUCGUACAGCAAGGAGGAGAUUCAGUAGUGGGAUCAGUGGCUUUGAGGAUAGUAAUGGGCAGCUGGUGGCUCUUCACUCUAAUUGUAUGUUCAUCCUACACAGCCAAUCUGGCUGCUUAUCUCACCGUAUCCCGCAUGGAUAACACAGUACGGACCUUCCAGGACCUGGCCAGGCAGAUGGACUUGGCCUACGGCACAGUGCGGGACUCUGCAGUGUAUGAUUACUUCAGAGCCAAGGGCACCAAUCCCCUGGAGCAGGACAGCACAUAUGCAGAGCUAUGGAGGACUAUCAGCAAGAAUGAUGGUCAAGACUAUUCUGUGUCCAGCCCUUCAGAGGGCAUCCGUAAGGCAAAGAAAGGACCGUAUGCUUUCCUUUGGGAUAUGGCAGUGGUGGAGUAUGCAGCCUUGACAGACGACGACUGUACCCUCACUGUAUCAGGCAACAGUAUGAGCAGCAAGGGCUAUGGUAUUGCAAUGCAGCAUGGGAGUCCCUACAGGGACCUAUUUUCCCAGAAGAUCCUGGAGCUUCAGGAGAAGGGCGACCUGGACAUCCUGAAGCAGAAGUGGUGGCCCCGCACGGGCCGCUGUGACCUGAACAGCCAUAGCAACGCACAGCUGGAUGGGCGUUCACUCAAGCUGCACAGCUUCGCUGGUGUCUUUUGCAUCCUCGCGGCGGGACUGCUGCUGGCCUGUCUGGUGGCCGGUCUGGAGAUGUGGUGGAGCAGCAACCGCUGCCGACAAGAGCAGCCCAAAGAGGACAAGGAAGUGAAUCUGGAACAGGUGCAUCGGCGUAUGAACAGUCUUAUGGACGAGGACAUGGCACACAAGCAGAUCCCCGCCCCGUCUAUCGAGAUCUCUGCCCUGGACAUCGGCAGCAUGCAGCCCAGCCAGCCGCGGGAGGCUGCGCGGGACUACCCGGGCACGGGCCUGUCUGUGAGCACCUUCCUCCCGGAGCAGGCGCAUGGGGUGGGCCGGACACUGGCUCAGGGUCCUGGCAGCACCCUCCCCCUGCCCCUCAGCAGCUCCACCAUUCCCUCCAUGCAGUGCAAACACAGGGCUCCCAACGGGGGCCUGUUCCGACAGAGCCCCGUCAAGACACCCAUGCCAAUGUCCUAUCAGUCAGUACCAGGAGGACCCAUCCCAGAAGCCAUUGAGGCCACCCAUAGCACAUCCAUCUGA